AUGGCGAAUUCCUUGCUGGUGUGCCUGGUAGCGGCUGCGCUGGCCGCCGUGAUGGCUGCCCUGCCCGCAGCAGAAGCCCGAGACACCGCUACCAUGUCCGGCGGGUACCAGCACUCGUGCGUCGUGACGGCUGACGCUACCGUCAAGUGUUUCGGGUACAACAAGAACGGUGAGCUUGGCCUGGGCGACGCAGAGACCCGCGGGGAUGAGUCUGGGGAAAUGGGUGACCUUCUCCCGGACGUGGAUCUCGGCACCGGGGCUGUCGCGAUCGCGGUGUCGGCUGGUUGGCAGCACACCUGCGCGCUGCUGGAAGGCGGGAGCGUCAAGUGCUGGGGUCGCAACGACUGGGGCCAGCUCGGCAAGGGAGAUUUUCUUGACCGCGGGGACGACCCCGCUACCAUGGGCAACAACCUCACGGCCGUUGAUCUCGGCACUGCGCCGUCCGGGAACGGAACAGCGGUAGCCGUCGCGAUAACGACGGGCCAGCAGUUCACCUGCGUGCUUGUGGAGGGCGGCGGCGUCAAGUGCUUCGGCCGAAACGACGAGGGCCAGUGCGGCCGCGGAAACCUGGACACGAACGUCGGCAGCAACGGUCUGGAGGACAUGGGCGAUAACCUCCCUUACGUGAAUCUCGGUACCGGCGUCGAGAUGAUAUCGGUAUCCUCGGGCACCGCUUCCACCUGCGCCGCUCUCCUGGGAGGCGGGGUCAAGUGCUGGGGGGGGAACAGCUACGGUGGCCUUGGGGUCGGGGACUCGUACAACGUGGGGGAUGAGGAAGACGACAUGGGAGACAACGUCCAGGAGGUGGACCUCGGAACCGGUGAGACAGGCUACUACGUUGCGUACGGCCUCCGACACGCGUGCGCUAUCCUGAUGGGAGGCAGCGUCAAGUGCUGGGGGGACAACAGGUCUGGGCAGCUGGGCCUCGGGCACGUCGAUACCAUCGGCGACGACCCCUUCGAGAUGGGGGAUGACCUGCCCUACGUCGAUCUCGGCGCAGGGAACACGGCAACCUCGCUCUCCCUAGGAGAGAGCCACACCUGCGCCAUUCUGGGGGAUGGCAGCACCAGGUGCUGGGGCAAGGGUUUCGCGGGACAGCUGGGAAGGGGGGAGUACUACUCCCGGGGCAAGUACGUCGGUGAGAUGGGCGCGGGGCUGGCCGCCGUCGACCUGGGAACGAACGCGACGUCGUCUUUCUUAGCCGCGGGGGCGGACUUCACCUGUGCUGGGCUCGACGACGGCAGCGUCAAGUGCUGGGGGCUAAACGAGCUGGGCGCCCUUGGCCUGGGAGACACGGAUUCUAGGGGGGACGGCGCCGACGAGAUGGGCGACUCUCUCCCGGCGAUCGAUCUGGGCACUGGGGUGACGGUGGCGUCAGACAUCGUAGUGGACGACCCUGCCACGCCUGCGCCAACCCUCGCGCCGACGCCGUCCCCUACGACGCAGGCGCCUACCCCCCAGGUGACGCCCCAGCCGUCCACACAGCAACCCAUGGGUGCUUCGUCGACUCCGGUCGCUUCCACUCUCGAGCCCUCCUCAAGCGUGGCGGCCGAACCGACGGUGGAACCGACAGCAGAACUGAUAGCAGAACCAACGGAAGAACCAACGGAAGAACCAACAGCGGCAGAGUCGACGACGGAGGAACCGACGCCUUCGCCCACCGCAGGUAUUGAUGACUGGCAGGACCUGGUACACAGCACCCCGCGUCGUUAA